AUGGUGUACCGCGCGUCUAGGGGAAGGAAGCAGGCCAAGAAGGGCGUCCAGCUCACCAUCAUGGUGGUCGGCUCGUCUGGUACCGGUCGCACCACUUUCGUCAACACGCUCAUUGAGCAGCCCCUCCUCCCGCACAGGUCUCAGCAGCUCCUCCGUGACCCCGAGAACCCUCGCUCCGAGGUCGACCCCACUCUCGCCCAGCAGGCCGCGGCCGACGCGCACAUUGAGCGCAAGGUUGAGAUCAAGCAGCACAAUGUCGAGCUUGACGAGGAUGGGAUGCGCAUUGCCCUCACCGUCGUCGACACCCCGGGCUUUGGCGACGGCAUCGACAACGAGAACUGCUUCCAGGAGAUUUCGUCCUACCUCGAGCGCCAGUACGAUGACAUUCUCGCCGAGGAGUCGCGUAUCAAGCGUAACCCGCGUUUCCGUGACAACCGUGUUCACGCGCUCCUCUACUUUAUCCAGCCCACUGGCCACGCCCUGCGCGAGAUGGACAUUGAGCUCAUGCGCCGUCUUUCGCCCCGUGUCAACGUCAUCCCCGUCAUUGGCAAGGCCGACUCGCUUACUCCCUCGGAGCUCAAGUCGUUCAAGAAGCGUAUCAUGGAGGACAUUGAGUACUACGGUAUCCCCGUCUACAACUUCCCUUACGACCCCGAGGAGGAUGACGAGGACACCAUUGCCGACAACCGCGAGCUCCGUGGUCUCCUUCCCUUCGCCAUUGUUGGUGCCGAGGAGGAGAUUAUGAUCAACGGCGAGGCCGUCCGUGGCCGCCGCUACCCUUGGGGUAUUGUCGAGGUCGACAACGAGGACCACUCGGACUUUACCCCUCUCCGUCGUGCGCUCCUUGCCUCGCACCUCACCGACCUCAAGGAGAUCACCCACGACUUCCUGUACGAAAACUACCGUACCGAGAAACUCUCGCGCUCGGUCACUGGCGGCGACCAGAACGACCAGGUCCUGCCCGAGGACAUGGCCACCCAGUCUGUCCGCCUCAAGGAGGAGCAGCUCCGCCGGGAGGAGGAGAAGCUCCGCGAGAUCGAGCUCAAGGUCCAGCGCGAGAUCCAGCUCAAGCGCCAGGAGCUCCUCGCCAAGGAGGACUCGCUCAAGGUCCUCGAGGCCCGUCUCGCCGCCCAGGGCCAGAACCACGAGUACUGA